GUCGUGCCAGCGGGACUGUAUUUGUAACGUAAACAAGGGUCAACUUAACUCAAAUCUCAAGAAAAUUUGUCGGAAGAGAAUGUCACACGAGUAGGUAUUAUAGACAAGACGUCGGACUCUAUACUGGAUUCGAAAUCAGACAUGGAAAAUUUCCAAGAAAACAAUGACACUAACCCGGAGUUUCGCUAUAAAGUCGGCAGCAUUAUGGAACAAGGAGUUGUGACUACGUCUGAAAAUAUGGACGAGGCGUCUCAGCGUAACCUGAUGAAUGGAAAACGCAUUAUAGUGGUUGGAGGUGGCAGUUAUAGACUGAGAAACAUAUGGCAGGAUGCAGCAAAAUAUGGAAUAGAGGUAAUUCUUGUGGAAGCAGAUAGUCAGCACAUUGCAAAAGAUCAUGUACCUCGUUUUAUCCACUACGACUUCUCUGAUCAUAAAAUCGACGAUAUGCAUGCGGUUGAAAUCGUCAGUUUAAUACAUGACCACGGAAUCAAGGCGGAUGGAUGUCUUUCUUUCUCGGACGAAUGCGUAGCUUUGGCAGCACUAAUUAAUGAAAAGUUGGGAACAAAAGGUCCAAGCUUCAAGGCAAUGAUGAUAGCUAAUUCGAAAACAAGAACUCAAAAUGUUUUGAGGAUGCGCGGAGCAGAUAUUUCUCAUUGGCCUCGGACGGACAUGUAUUCAACAAAGGCCGUAUAUUUGACGACAGAAAUGGACUGCGACAAAUUGCCUGAUAGGUUUCCUGCAAUAUUGAAACUAGAUAACGGCACGGGUUCAGCUGGUGCCUGUGUUGUUGAAAACAGGGUUGAAUUAAAGAGGAAAUUCUGUCAGAUAACUGGUUCACUUCGGAAUGAUUCGGACCUUCUCGGAAUUGGGCUAACUCAAGGCAACUCAAUGAUGACAAUGGAGUUUUACGGCGGAACUGAGCAUACUGUUGACGUUAUCAUAUACGACAGCAAACUUAUUGCUGCUUUUAUCACAGACAGUGGUAUGACAAGACGACCCUUUUUCAUUGGUGAAUACGUCUUGUUGAUUUAA